AUGUAUGACAACAUCUCUGAUUUCACAAGAUAUGAUGACGACCAUGACCCCGAACACGGUGAAGAAGAAGUUUUACAAACAUCCAUUAAGACAGGAAAGGUUUUAACUCAAAGUCUCAUUAUUGACACCAAAGAUGGCGAAGUGGACGUUCUUCAAGAGCUGAAGAAAAAUACUUCUUCGGGAGGUGGUGGUAGGCAUGAACUUGAAAUAAAUGAGAUAGAAGAGAAAUUAGCCGAAAAAGCAGAUAAAAACCAUGUUCAUUAUAUAAGUUCAGACGAACAGAUUAUAACGGACUACCACGGAUAUUUAACACAGGAUGAAGAAGUGAAGACGAAAGAUGUUAAUGAAAGAAGAUAUAAAUUCAUUCGUGCUAAAGGUUAUGCAUAA